UUGACCACAUGAUGUCGCCAUCGUGAGCAUAUCAUGUUUUUGUGUCAAUUAUGGCAAAAUAGAAUAAAAUAACAUCGCUUUGAAAACAGCUGAUGAAAAGCAAAAACGAAGGCAACAUUACUUGAACUUAAUGUCUAAUUUUGAAGUUUGUGUUUACUUUCAUAAUCAUUGGAAGCAGGACGUGGCAAUAUCUUGGGAUUGAUGUCAAAUGACGCGUCUCACUGAGAUCGGGGUCGAUCCAUGUACCCCGAAUUUACAUGCCAAAUGUCCGACUUUGAGUGGCGUUCCAGAUGUUAUUUCCUAGAAUGAGGUGGGAAAAAUCCAAAUUCGGAUCUGUCUGGAACGCAGCUAAUUGUGCAUCCACAUUAGCUUGGUCCAUCCUGAAAAAUGCAAUGAUUUGAGCGUUUGUAUGAGACAGUUGUCAGAUUUCAUUGGUGAUUUCAAAUAUGAAAUUUAAUCGUAAGCUUAGAAUAGUUUUGGAGAAUUUGAUGUUUCCCUAUUCAAAGAGAUUGGAGCUGCACUUGCAUGAACGAGAGGCGUUUCACAGAUGGCUGCCGAAUGAAAUGACUUGUCAUAAAGGGACUUUGACUACAAUAAACAAAACAAUGAAUCAACAUGACAGCAAAUGAACACAAACUAGAAACAAUAGAAGGAAACACAGGAAGCUAUACAAACUAAAAGUCCAUGAAAACAGAAACAAAACACCAACAUAAUGUGACAAAAUCACAAUACUGUUUCAGUGUAUUUUUGAUCAAAUAAAUGCAGCCUUGUUGAGAAUAAGAGACUUUUAAGUCCCUUUUUGGACCCCCCAAUUUGGAUGUGUAGAUCCACCAAGACAAGUCUGGAUGACAAAAUCACUCUCUUGUGGUUGGUGGAAAAGGAAAUAAGCCUUGUUCCGAAAAAUAAACAUCUCGGGAAUCCCAUGUAUAUUUUAUUCUACGUUCCACUGUAAACACUUCAGAGUAAUUUAGUCAGGAAGACUGACCUCAUUACUGACGGGUCUUCACCUCCUGUUUGUGCUCUGGAGUCUGAAGGCGUAAACGGAAGCCGGAUUGACAGCAUUGUGAUGGUUGCUUUGACUGACUGUUGUGCUGCUGACAGGCUGAGAUCAAAACAAUUACAAACUGACAUAUCUGUCUGUUCACAUGCAGUGACUGACAUGAGUUUAUGAGAUGCAUCACCCAUUGGAGUUCACUCCCGGUGACAGAGCUCCUGUACAAAAAAAGAGAAAAGGAGAAAGCAAUCCACAGCAGAAGUCCCACAACAUGUGUAAAUGCUCUUUGAGAUAAUCCAAAGGCCCUAAUUGGCUUUAGGAUUACAACUUGCCUUGUGAUUUGAGACACCGCAAUGCACCUUGAUGUUGAAACAUCAGUGCAGAGGACAAACGCAAAAAAAGCAGCAAAGAUGUCUCCUGUGGACAUGAAUGGAUACUGGAAAAUGACAAGUAAUGAAAACUUUGAUGAAUACAUGGAAGCGCUCGAUGUGAAUCUUGUCAUCAGAAAAAUUGCCAGCUAUCUCGUCUUUGAUAAGGAGAUUGUUCAGAAUGGUGAUCAUUUUAAUAUCAAGACUCUCACCACCUUUAGGAACUACCAUAUGGAGUUUGAUGUUGGCAAGGAGUUUGAGGAGGAUUUAAUUGGUGUAGAUGACAGGAAAUGUAUGACCACGGUAAACUGGGAGGGAGACAAACUGGUGUGUGUGCAGAAAGGAGAAAAGGAGGGAAGGGGCUGGACACAAUGGGUCAAAGGGGACGAGUUACAUGUGGAAAUGCGGGUCUGUGGAGUGGUGUGUAAACAAGUUUUUAAGAAACAAGUUCUCGACUGAUGUGCCUUGAACCACAAGUACUCUACUGUGAACAAAAGCGUGAACUUUUCUGCCUAUUAAAAGUCAUUGUAACAGUAUGAUAAAUAGCAAAUAUGUCUUUUUCAUUCCUCAACUUAUUUAGUCAUGUAAACAAUGUAUGGUGAAACUUUGUCAAAGAAAAUAAACUGGUAACACAAAAACA